GCGUGAGCGAGAGCGGUGGCCGCCGGGUCUGUCGCUUCGGUGCCGCUGUCCGCUGCGCUGCCUCCGCCCUCGCCGCGCGCCACCGCCUGCGGGACCCGGAGGAGCUCCCAGCGCCCCCGACGGGGCAGAGGAGUGGGGACCAGGGGAGCCGACGCUGAGGGAGGAGCCGGGUCGGAGCGGCUGAGCCCAAGGCCCCCGGGCGUGGAGGUGGGGGGCUGAGGCCCCCGAGGGGGCCCCGCCGCGAUGGGCAACCUGGAGAGUGCCGAGGGGGGCCCGGGCGAGCCGCCUUCGGUCUCGCUGCUGCCGCCGCCCGGCAAAAUGCCGAUGCCUGAGCCCUGUGAACUGGAAGAGAGGUUCGCCUUGGUGCUGAGCUCCAUGAACCUGCCUCCCGACAAGGCCCGGCUCCUGCGGCAGUAUGACAAUGAGAAGAAGUGGGAUCUGAUCUGUGACCAGGAACGGUUCCAGGUGAAGAAUCCUCCCCACACUUACAUCCAGAAACUCCAGAGCUUCUUGGACCCCAGCGUAACCCGGAAGAAGUUCAGGAGGAGAGUGCAGGAGUCAACCAAAGUACUGAGGGAGCUGGAGAUCUCACUUCGCACCAACCACAUUGGGUGGGUUCGGGAGUUUCUGAAUGAUGAAAACAAAGGCCUGGAUGUGCUGGUGGAUUACCUGUCCUUUGCCCAAUGUUCGGUCAUGUUUGACUUUGAGGGUCUGGAGAGUGGUGACGAUGGUGCGUUUGACAAGCUCCGGUCCUGGAGCAGGUCCAUCGAGGACCUGCAGCCACCCAGCGCCCUGUCAGCCCCCUUCACCAACAGCCUCGCUCGCUCUGCGCGCCAGUCUGUGCUCCGGUACAGCACUCUCCCUGGGCGCAGGGCCCUGAAGAACUCCCGCCUGGUGAGCCAGAAGGAUGAUGUCCACGUCUGCAUCCUUUGCCUCAGAGCCAUCAUGAACUAUCAGUAUGGCUUCAACCUGGUCAUGUCCCACCCUCAUGCUGUCAAUGAGAUCGCACUCAGCCUCAACAACAAGAAUCCAAGGACCAAGGCCCUUGUCUUGGAGCUCUUGGCAGCUGUGUGUUUGGUGCGGGGAGGUCAUGAAAUCAUUCUUGCUGCCUUUGACAAUUUCAAAGAGGUAUGCAAGGAGCUACACCGCUUUGAGAAACUGAUGGAGUAUUUCCGGAAUGAGGACAGCAACAUUGACUUCAUGGUGGCCUGCAUGCAGUUUAUCAACAUCGUGGUGCACUCAGUAGAGGACAUGAACUUCCGGGUGCACCUGCAGUAUGAAUUCACCAAGCUGGGGCUGGAGGAGUUCUUGCAGAAGUCAAGGCACACAGAGAGCGAGAAGCUGCAGGUGCAGAUCCAGGCGUACCUGGACAAUGUGUUUGAUGUGGGAGGCUUGCUGGAGGAUGCGGAAACCAAGAACGUGGCCCUGGAGAAGGUGGAGGAGCUGGAGGAACAUGUGUCCCAUCUCACGGAGAAGCUUCUGGACCUGGAGAAUGAGAACAUGAUGCGUGUGGCAGAGCUAGAGAAGCAGCUGCUGCAGCGGGAGAAGGAACUAGAGAGCGUCAAGGAGACUUACGAGAACACGAGCCACCAGGUACACACGCUGCGGCGGCUCAUUAAAGAGAAGGAGGAGGCCUUCCAGCGCCGAUGUCACUUGGAGCCUGGGGCACGGGGCCUGGAGUCAGUGGGCAGCGAGGCUCUGGCCCGGAUAGGCCCUGCAGAGCUGGGUGAGGGCCUGCUGCCCUCUGACUUGGACCUCCUGGCUCCAGCCCCACCGCCCGAGGAGGCCCUGCCGCUGCCUCCACCGCCAGCUCCUCCCCUUCCCCCACCACCGCCCCCGUUACCAGAUAAGUGUCCCCCAGCCCCACCUCUCCCUGGCGCUGCUCCCUCUGUGGUGUUGACAGUAGGCCUGUCAGCCAUUCGCAUCAAGAAACCCAUCAAGACCAAGUUCCGGUUGCCUGUCUUCAACUGGACAGCAUUGAAACCCAACCAGAUCAGCGGCACUGUCUUCAGUGAACUUGAUGAUGAGAAGAUCUUGGAGGACCUAGACCUGGACAAAUUUGAAGAACUGUUCAAGACGAAAGCCCAGGGCCCCGCUCUUGACCUAAUCUGCUCUAAGAACAAGACAGCGCAAAAGGCCGCCAGCAAGGUGACCCUAUUGGAAGCCAAUCGUGCCAAGAACCUGGCCAUCACCCUCCGCAAGGCUGGCCGCUCGGCAGAGGAGAUCUGCAGGGCCAUCCACACGUUUGACCUCCAGACACUGCCUGUGGACUUUGUGGAGUGCCUGAUGCGCUUCCUGCCCACGGAGGCCGAGGUGAAGCUGCUGCGGCAGUACGAGCGGGAGCGACAGCCGCUGGACGAGCUGGCGGCCGAGGACCGCUUCAUGCUGCUCUUCAGCAAGGUGGAGCGGCUGACACAGCGGAUGGCCGGCAUGGCCUUCCUGGGCAACUUCCAGGACAACCUGCAGAUGCUCACACCGCAACUCAACGCCAUCAUUGCCGCCUCUGCCUCUGUCAAGUCCUCCCAGAAGCUGAAGCAGAUGUUGGAGAUCAUACUUGCCCUGGGGAACUAUAUGAACAGCAGCAAGCGAGGUGCUGUGUACGGCUUCAAGCUCCAGAGCCUGGAUCUGCUGCUGGACACCAAGUCCACUGACAGGAAGAUGACACUGCUGCAUUUCAUCGCCUUGACGGUGAAGGAGAAGUAUCCAGACCUGGCCAACUUCUGGCAUGAGCUACACUUCGUGGAAAAGGCCGCGGCAGUGUCCCUGGAGAACGUGCUGCUAGACGUGAAGGAGCUGGGCCGGGGCAUGGAGCUGAUUCGGCGGGAAUGCGGCAUCCAUGACAACAGCGUCCUUCGGAACUUCCUUAGCACUAACGAAGGCAAACUGGACAAGCUCCAGCGUGACGCCAAGACGGCCGAGGAGGCCUAUAAUGCAGUUGUGCGCUACUUCGGCGAGAGUCCCAAAACCACACCCCCUUCUGUAUUCUUCCCAGUGUUCGUCAGAUUCAUUCGUUCUUACAAGGAAGCAGAACAAGAGAACGAAGCUAGAAAGAAGCAGGAGGAGGUAAUGCGGGAGAAGCAGCUGGCUCAGGAAGCCAAGAAACUGGAUGCCAAGACCCCAUCUCAGCGGAACAAGUGGCAACAGCAGGAGCUAAUCGCAGAGCUGAGGCGGCGCCAGGCCAAGGAGCAUCGGCCUGUUUACGAGGGGAAGGAUGGUACCAUUGAGGACAUCAUUACAGGCCUGCACCACCAGCCCAUUGUCGUUCGCCACCAAGCCAGGAGUGCCGCACCACCCAGCGGGCCCCCGCGGGCUCCAGGGCCCCACUAAGAAUACCCUGAAGGCAGAAGCACUUCAGCUCUCCAACCUGUGGACCUGGGGCCCUGGAACUAGCCGAGGGUGCAGCGCAGGGCUGUGCUGCUCCCUGCCUAGCAUCCACCCCAGCUCUCAAAGCUGCACGUGCCUGACACCACCGGGGACCCUGGGUCUCCUGGGGCCUGGCACUUCCCUGGUGCCUCUAGGACUGCACUUCGGCCCCACGGUCUUCAGCUUCAUUUCCCAACUGAAAGGUCACCAAAGGUCAGCUCAGAGCUGGGAAAAGGCAUUUCUAGCUUUAGCCUGUAUAGGGGCCCACAGCCCCCUUUGUCACUAGGUCAGAGGAACAAGAAGGGAAAGCAGAUACCCCUUCUUUUUUUCCCCCCUUCCUUUUUGCAGGCUCUUGGUCAGCUGUGGUCUGUAAGUAUCCAGACUCGGGGGGCUCCAGGACCCUACAAGUCUCAGAUCAUCUUUUACCAGGGGCAAGGCCCACCUAAGCCUGGUCCCCACCCAGCUGGGCCCUGGUAAUAAGGGUAAAGGAGAGAUACCAUGCUUAUUGCCCUUAGCCCCUUCCACUCUAAGCUGGCUCUGUCCUUGUUGCGUGGGCAGAGGGUAGAGGUUCUCCCGGGACUGCUAGAGAAAGGGCGCACCAUCAGCACCGUCGCCCCCUUUCCACAACUAGGGUAUUUUGGCAGGGGAUGGGGGCACAGCGGUCUUAGCUGUUUUCUCAGUCUUUUGCAAGUUUGUCCCAGCCCCCGCAGGGGAAUACAGGGACCCAAUUCUUUCUGUACAUGUACCACCUCCCUUCUCUCAUGUACAUAAAUCCCAGACCUUCCUUCUCCCAACAAAGGCUUGAAGCACUA